ACCCUGGCUCUGCGAGAGUUGAGGGUUCAGGUGGCAGUACGCGGCAGUGAGGGCAAGAGGGCCAAGAGAGUGGGGAGCGGAGCCAGGGGUGUGGGGGAAGAUGCCCAUCCUGCUGUUCCUCAUAGACACGUCCGCCUCUAUGAACCAGCGCACUGACCUGGGCACCUCCUAUUUGGAUAUUGCCAAAGGCGCUGUGGAGUUAUUCUUGAAGCUGCGUGCCCGGGAUCCGGCCAGCCGCGGAGACAGGUACAUGCUGGUCACCUACGACGAACCCCCGUAUUGCAUCAAGGCUGGUUGGAAGGAAAAUCACGCAACAUUCAUGAGUGAACUAAAAAAUCUUCAGGCUUCUGGACUGACUACUCUUGGUCAGGCUCUAAGAUCCUCAUUUGAUUUGUUAAAUCUCAAUAGAUUAAUAUCUGGAAUAGACAAUUAUGGACAGGGACGAAAUCCAUUUUUUUUAGAACCAUCUAUUUUAAUUACCAUCACAGAUGGAAACAAGUUAACGAGUACUUCUGGUGUUCAAGAAGAGCUUCAUCUGCCUUUGAAUUCUCCUCUGCCUGGAAGUGAACUAACUAAAGAACCUUUUCGUUGGGAUCAAAGGUUGUUUGCCCUGGUGUUGCGUUUGCCUGGAUUGGCUUCUACUGAACCAGAGCAGAUAGGGAGUGUACCAACUGAUGAAUCUGCCAUCACACAGAUGUGUGAAGUCACAGGAGGUCGCUCCUACUGUGUUAGAACACAAAGAAUGUUGAAUCAAUGUUUAGAAUCUUUAGUUCAAAAAGUUCAGAGUGGUGUAGUUAUUAACUUUGAAAAAACAGGACCAGAUCCACUUCCUAUUGGAGAAGAUGGACUUAUGGAUUCAUCCAGGCCAAGCAAUUCAUUUGCUGCUCAGCCAUGGCAUAGUUGUCAUAAGCUCAUUUAUGUGCGGCCUAACUCUAAGACUGGUGUUCCUGUUGGACAUUGGCCAAUUCCAGAAUCUUUUUGGCCAGAUCAGAAUUUACCUUCACUACCUCCACGAACAUCUCAUCCUAUUGUGAGGUUCUCCUGUAUAGAUUGUGAGCCAAUGGUAAUAGACAAACUUCCCUUUGACAAAUAUGAACUUGAACCUUCACCCUUAACUCAGUACAUCCUGGAACGAAAGUCUCCCCAUACUUGCUGGCAGGUAUUUGUUACUAGCAGUGGAAAAUACAAUGAACUUGGAUAUCCAUUUGGUUAUUUAAAAGCCAGUACGACUUUAACUUGUGUAAACCUCUUUGUGAUGCCGUACAACUACCCAGUUUUACUCCCUCUUUUAGAUGACUUGUUUAAAGUUCACAAGCUUAAGCCAAAUCUGAAGUGGCGACAGGCUUUUGACAGCUACUUAAAAACUCUGCCUCCAUACUACUUAUUACCAUUAAAGAAAGCACUAAGGAUGAUGGGAGCUCCAAAUCUGAUAUCAGAUAAUUUAGAUUGUGGACUUAGUUACAGUGUUAUCUCUUACCUUAAAAAACUCAGCCAACAGACCAAACUAGAGUCAGAACGAAUACUAGCAUCAGUGGGGAAGAAACCUCCCCAGGAAAUUGGAAUCAAAGUGAAAAACCAUUCUGGAGGUGGUGUUUCCUUGACUCACAAUAAAAACUUUAGAAAACUAUUGAAAGAAAUCAUUGGGGAUACUGCACCGAGACUGACAGAACUGAACACCAAAGAAUUUGCUGGCUUCCAAGUAGGGCUCUUAAACAAGGAUUUGAAACCUCAGACAUAUAGAAAUGCUUAUGAUAUUCCACGUAGAGAUCUUUUAGACCAGUUAACCAGAAUGAGAUCCAAUCUGCUGAAAACACACAAGUUUAUUGUCGGACAAGAUGAAGAUACUCUUCAUAGUGUUCCAGUCGCACAAAUGGGUAACUAUCAAGAAUAUCUAAAGACAUUGGCUUCUCCACUUCGAGAGAUUGAUCCAGAUCAACCAAAAAGACUACAUACUUUUGGCAAUCCAUUUAAACAAGAUAAGAAGGGAAUGAUGAUCGAUGAAGCAGAUGAGUUUGUAGCAGGGCCGCAAAACAAAGUGAAACGUCCUGGAGAAGUCAACAGUGCUUUGUCAUCUAAGAGAAGGCGGAGUAUGUCCCUGCUGUUGAGGAAAGCACAAACACCACCUACUGUAACUAACCAUGUGGGCGGAAAGGGACCACCCUCAGCCUCGUGGUUCCCAUCUUAUUCAAACCUCAUAAAACCCACCCUUGUAUAUACAGGUGUUACUGUCACUCACGAUGCUCAUGAGGAGAAGAUGGAAAAUGGUCAGAUCUCACCUGAUGGCUUCUUGUCAAAAUCUGCUUCACCAGAGCUUAUGAAUAUGGCAGGAGAUGGUAUCCCACCCGACCAAGUGGAUUCUCUAUCUGAUGAUUUCACUAGUCUCAGGGAAGAUGGCCCGAUUCACAAACCUGGGAGUAAUGUACUUAUAGGAGAAACCAAGAACUGCAGCGUCUCUGUGGAUGAUCAAAAAGUCUCAGUAACAUCUGCUUUGGAAAUUGUGCCAAGUACAUUGCAGAUAACUCCUGCUAUGGCACAAGGAAUCAAUGCUGAUAUAAAACACCAGUUAAUGAAGGAAGUUCGAAAAUUUGGACGAAAGUAUGAAAGAAUUUUCACUUUGCUUGAAGGAGUACAAGGACCUCUUGCAGUCAAGAAACAGUUUGUUGAAUUUACCAUCAAGGAAGCUGCACGGUUCAAAAGACGAGUCUUAAUUCAGUACCUUGAGAAGGUACUAGAAAAAAUAGAAUCCUAUCACCUUCUCAACAAUGUUAAUCACAUCAACAGCAGAUCAUGAUGUUACGGCAGAGACCAAGAAGGAAAAAAGAACAAGUUCUCUGUGUUGUAGGACAGAGCGGGAUAUUGUUGAACAUCCUAGGAUGUUUUAAUCAAGGGAACUGGCUUCCAGAGGUUAAGAAAAAACAAUGACACCUUUCAUUUUCUGAUUCUCUGG